AUGACAUUGGAAUGGGAUAAUUUGGAAGCGAAAAUCGAUGGUCGGCAGUUACAUCAUUUUGGCCUUGCUGAUGACAUAGUUCUUAUAACACCAAACAUUAGCCAAGCGGAACGUAUUCUUGCCGACGUUGAUAACGCCUGUGGAAAGAUUUGUCUUCGACUAAAUCUCACUAAAACGAUGUUCAUGAGGAACGACUGGUUUCGCAUGACCCAUUCAUGCUCAACGGAGCGAAAAUCUCCGAAUACUCCAACUACGUCUAUCUGGAACGGGAAUUCACCAUAA